AUGCAUCAACAUCCCCGCCCACAGGCGAACCCGUCUCCGGCACCACACUCUUCCGCCAGAACGACAGCUCGAGAUGACUACAGAGAACAAGAGUCAGCCCCAAGCUCCCCAACUGUCGACAUGGGGUCUAAUUCUGCGAGGGGGUUGGGGAUAGAACCAGGGCCUCAGCCAGCUGAGCCGGCGAGGAAUGCGGCGCAGGCAAAGGAGGCCAUGACUCGGUUGAACCAAAUAAUAUCAAACUACCACACCAAAGCCGCUUUAAUUAUCCUCCAUUCCCGAGUUGCCCUGCCUCCUUCUUACAACAAGGGCUCCGAGUCUACCCGAGUUAACCGUUGGUUCAACGUCGAAUUAGAUGAUACCGAUGUCCUUCGUGAACCCUUGCGACCUUGGAGAACGUGCGAUGCAACGGAUAAUCGACCACCGCCCCUCGUUAUCGAAACAUAUCUCGACACGAAGGGUCUCACAAAUAACCAAAGUCUGGUGGUGCUUGACGAAACUGGAAAGCGAUGGGAUGUACGGGAGUCGCUUGCGGUGCUCCAGAGCGCCCGCGCAAAGCCAUACAAGCUGGAGAAUGAUGAGAUUGUUUUGGAGCGGUGGAGAAUCGAGUUGGGAGAACCGUCGAGCAGGCCUCCGGCUGAUUUGGGCUCCAUCUUGCCAACGGUGUACAAGAAAAGCAUUGUGCUUUUCCGGUCCUUAUUCACCUACUCGAAGUUUUUACCCGCGUGGAAAUUUGCCAAGCGCAAUAAGAAGCUGUGGCAGAGUCCAGAUCUCCAAAUCAAAUAUCGAGUGAUGGAUGGGAGUGCGCGCCGUGACGACCCAUCGUUGGAUUAUUUGACCGUCCCGUUGAGUGAGGGAGACGAGAAAGUGGUGGAUACUUACAGCUUUGGAGUAACGGAGUCCCCCGCGGGUCCCUUCUCAGUGAAGGUCACAUAUCGGCUGAACUGCGAUUUCCGUGUCGAUGAUUCGGAAGCGCUACUGAGUUCCCGCUUCAUGGGCGCUGACGACGAGAUAUUCCGCCCAUCAUUACCUUCCGAGGAUAUCAGUCGGCCAAACCCCGAGGUCGGAUCAGUACCCGUCGAGAGAAGGGCUGUUGAGAGUCCAGAUCACUCACGAGCGUAUGGAAGUCUCUCGACUUAUCAUCAGGUUGGCCCAUCGACAGGUGCAAGCCCUAUAUCAGCACUCCGUGCACUUAGAGAUUCCGGCGCAACCUCUCCUUCUUCGACUGAGUCGCCCAAAAAGCUUCUCCCUCCUGCAAAAGUUAUCCCCGCAGGACGUGCUGCUCAAAUUGCUGGUGAAGGAGCCUCCUUCCCACGCCGCCCCUCCAUUUCGUUCCAGCCUUUCAAGGCUCCUCCUCUUUCUGCCUCUCCUGCUCUAGCAGACUCUCCAUAUGGGGUAUCUCCCCGCACGAUGUCUACACGCAUGUCUACAGGCACAUCCGCGGAUUCGCGUGUCAUGCCACCUCCUCCUUCUGCUGCCUCAGCGCGCAGACCGAUGAGUAUCCCAUCAGAACAAGCCUUAUCAUCGUCCAAUUCCGCAUCCCCCAAACCAGCUCCCAUUUCUAGAUAUAGCAGCUCCUUCAGCCACCGACGUGGCCGCCUUUCUACAGGUGGAACCCGGCUAGAAGACGAUGCCUCCAGCGGCCGAGCGAGUGCGACGUCAUCAAACGCACAACCUGGCUCCGGUCUGCUGGCCGAAGCUACGGGUACUAGUGCGGAGUCAAUCCACGCCGAUGACGAGAACAUCUCCGAUUUUUUGAAGAUGCUCGACGCAAAGAAGGAUCUAAUGGCGUCUACCUCUGCGUCUGUUCAACCUAGUUCCCGGCAAAUGAAUCCUACUGCAGUGGCUCUUGCUCGCUUCCGCGGCAUGCGAGACUCGAACGCCGCUUUAUCGGAGUCAAUGUCACAAUCUAUGCACCUGCAUCGCUCUUCCAUCUCUUCCAGUAAGCAGCUGUCGGCAGUUCCGCCGAUGGUUGGGGGAACCUCUGUCUCUACGGCCUCGCCUCCAGGGAAGCCCUUAUCCCCCCAUACGCCCCACACUCCUCAUACCCCAGCCAUCCGCUCUCGCUUGAGCUCCAAUAGUGUCGCUGAUGAGAUUGAAACCGAUCCUCGCACAAGAAUUCCUCGCAUACAGCAUGAUUCGCCACUAGAAGAACAGCCCGGCGAACACAUACGUGGGCCCUCAUCUACUGCAGGCGCAAUCGACAUUCCGACCUCACCACGAAUAUUUGACCCUAAUUAUCGUCGUUCGAGCUCAGUAGCCGUCCGUCGUCCUGCCGCCGUGACCAGUGACGACGAUGAGAUCUUCCCAUUCGGCCUGCGGAGCCUUAGUGUCGGGGCCGAUGAACCUUCCAAUGCCACUCUAGGCACAGCCCAACAGCAGCACUCCCAGAAAAACCAAGCAUCUCCAACCGAGGAUCCAGGCGACCCAUCCGGCUCUACAACCGGUCAAUAUAGAGACGUCGCCUCCUCCCGCGGUCCAAUGUCAAGACAGACCGGGGACUCAGCAUCCUCAAACCCCCACGUCUACCAACCGCGAUUCGCCAGCUUCCGCGGCCGUGGUUACUCGGGCGGGCACUCUCUCAGCUCCGCCUCCAGCAGCCUCGCUCGGGGCGGCAACAUAGCCGCACAACUCGCAGAGCGCGAUCAGGAGCGCGACGGCAAUGCCAGCGGAAGCAACAGCGGAAAUUCCAUGCUGGAGGUUCGUCGCGGCUCUGGUCAGCGACCAGGCAUGACUCGAACGUUGUCGGCCCAGGCACACGAAGAUGACGAGCCGCUACUUUUCGCCAUGAGCGACUUUGGCGCCUCUCGGCGCAGCCUGGAAGAAGGUCGACACGGGAAUCACGGAGUCGACUCGGCCUCCGGCUCGCGGCGUGGUAGUGGGAGACGCGGUGCAGGGCCGGGCUUCCACAUCUGGUCGUGA